AUGCUGUGCGCGCUGGUGUGUGCGCUGGGGCUCAACUCGAUGCUGCAGUGCGUGGUGCGGUGCACCCGCCGCGCCGUGUCCGACCCCGUCGGCUGGGUCGCGCACCGCCGCGCCAACGCCGGGCUCAAGCGCGAGGAAGUCGUCGCGCUGCCCGUGGCCACCUACGUCGCCUCGCCGUCGCCGGCCGCGGCGGGGGCGGGGCGCUCUCCGGCGCAGCAGCAGCACGCGCCCGCGAGGUGCGCCAUCUGCCUGUCGGACUUCGCGGACGGCGAGAGGAUCCGGGUGCUCCCUGUGUGCGGCCACCGGUUCCACGUCGUGUGCAUCGACAGGUGGCUCGUCUCGCACUGCUCCUGCCCGACGUGCCGGCGCCGCCUCUCCUCCCACUCCGCCGUCGGUGGUCACGACCGCCUGCAGGUUCUGACGGCUGUGUGA